UAGGGAAACCGGCACAAUCUACCUUGGGGUGUCUCCUAGCUAUUAUGUUCCUCCGGCCAGGAUUGCGGCAUCUAGCGAAAAUGAGGGCUAAGCCUUUUCCAUGAUCGAUGAAACGUAUUGGGCGAAUGAAGUGGUGUGUAAGAUUGCUAUCAUAGCGGGAUGACCGGGGUGAGGUACGUGCUUUACCCCUGAUCGGCGCUGAUAUCUCCACUUCUGAUCAUGACUAUCUUAUCUACACGUGCUGCGGCACUUUCACAACUCCAUCAGCUGGCAUCAUGCCCGCAUUUUCUCGCCCUGCCGGUAGUCCCCGGAACGGCGCGCGCGGAUGCUGCGUCUGCUCGUUCCUUACAAUCUCAUCAAGGUUGCGAGGCAAGCCUAUUUGCAAGCUCGCUCCCGCUCGACCACCAUUUCAUCUCGGAUAACAUGCUAACAAGAGUAACAAAUUCACCGAAGAAAAGCAUCGGUCAACUGACUACCCGUAGCGGAACUCUCCAGUUCUCCUUUCCUAGUUCGACGCAAGGCCGUCUAAGCACGUGCGAGCUUGCCCAGAUAUCGCAGUCUAACCCCGCUGGAGUUGCGGAAAGAUCUUACCCACGACGUCAUGAUAGAUCACGGUCCACGAUGAGGACCUGUCAGGCAAGAGAAUUUCAUGAACCUCUCAUAAACCACACGGGUGCAUCGCACAAAAAUCCAAAUGACGGAUACGCGAUCAACAAGCACAUACCAAGCACGGCACAACGACCUAGUAGUUGAAAAUAUCGAAAUGAGGAUGAGCAAUGAACGGUUCAGUGUAAACUUAACCCACCUCCUAGUCCUUCCUUCUUUCCGUGCCUCGUGCGUUCGACUUUCCUGUUCAUCGUCUUCAAAACGAUCAACCAAGCGAAUUGAUCAUUCGCGAUGUGUCU